AUGUCCAAACGUAUGGAUAAGAGAGAAAUUGAUUGGCUUGGACCAAUUAUUAUACGAAACGAAAAGAGGAUAAGUAAUUUAAAUAGAAACACAACAAUAAUAGAAGAGGAAAAGGCUGAAUUGCAAAAUUUUUCAAGUGAAUGCUUUACCUUUCACUUUAUUGUGGAUGGUACAAAGAUUUCAAUUACGAAACACAUACAUACGGAAAUUGUAAGCACAUUCAGUAAAUUGAUUAGCAAGCAAGUGAAGGAGGGAGAGGAAUUGGAAUUUACAUUCGAAAUAGCCAAGAAACAGUUCAAAGGAUUGGUAUAUCUAUACAAUAUCAAAGAGAAACAAAAAUAUCUGGAGAAUGUUAUUGAUCUAUUAGUGGUGGGACUCUAUUGUCCUUAUUUGAUAAUAGAUUACUUUGAGUAUGGAAGAAUGGAAGGAGGAAUGGAGAUUAGUCCAUACAUUUUUGAUUCUGAAUUUUAUGUUUAUGAUUUAUUACUAAUUUCCAAGUUUUUUGAUUUGACAAUUUCCAAAGAGUUCGGAUCUUACUUGAGUGGAUGUGGACGAAAUUUCAAUCCAACAUUUUGCAUUGAUGAAUUCAUUGGAUCAUGGGAGAAUUGCAUUCAAAAGUGGUUAAAUGGCUCUGUAGACGAUAAGCCCUCAGAAUCAUUGGUUUAUUUCACUUCUAAUGUUGAUGAAAUAUCUGAUUCCAAUCCUGGAAAAGUAUUGCAAAUUACCAAUGACAUUAUUAGGUAUAGAUCUCCUUUUUUCAACACAUUGCUCUCGAGUGGAAUGAUAGAAUGCUCUCAGAGAAUUGUACCAAUGGAUGUUAGCUCCUCCUUGUUGGAAACUAUUCUGCUCUUUAUCAUGACUGGAAAUAUUCAAAAUGACAGCAUUGCUAUUGAGUUGAUGCUUUAUUGCGACAUGGUUGGAUUUGACAUUCUCUCAAAUUAUUGUGCACAUGUCAUUAAGGAGUCUACCAGGGGAAUUGAUAAUGCCCUCCUAGUCCUACAAUCCUUGCUAGAAAUGGAUUAUAUUGACUCUGUGCGACCACUUCUUAUCUAUUUGGCUCGUUACUGUUUUUUUGUUAGAACUUAUACACUCUCCAGUUGUAUAGAAAUACCAAAAGAAAUCCAGACAAAAUACCCAUUGGAAGAUUUCAAAUUGGCCAGAAAUCACAAAACAUUCCAGAGCCGGUAUAGCUACAUCAUUUGUGUAGGAAUAGGAAACGAUUCAGGAGCUAACAGUUUACUUCAUCAAUUCGCAUACAAUACUUUCCAUUCCAAUUCUCAUGAGAAGGUCAAUAUUUACUACCAAAACAUUUACCACACGGGUGUUUACUCUCCUAAAGUUUCGCUUAACUAUAAGUCAACCAGCUUAGUAAUUUGCUUUUCAGUUACGGACACAAAGGAAAAUGUUUUUCCACAAAUACAAUCAAUCAUUAAGAACGGAGGCACCGGAAUUCAAGCAACCCAAUUUUUGCUGUUGGCCACCAAGUGUGAUCUUCCAAGAGUUUGUUGGAGAAUUUCAAGAGAGGAAAUGUUUCUCUUUGCCAAACAAAACAAGUUGAUGUUGGCAGAAACUUCAGCGCUCACAGGCAUAACGGCCUUACCUUAAUCAUUCCAAAUGAUCAUCGUUGGAUACCACGCAUGUUUCCAUCAAUGCUCAUUUGAAACUUAUAGAAUAAGAUAAAUUCUGCAGGUAUUAUUCAAACAACUACCAUUGCUGGAACAAAAAUUGCUUCAGAAUUGAGUUGCCACAUAUGACAAAUAGUACUUUACUGGAAUCUGACAGAUUUACAAAAAAUCCAAUUCAAUUUUUAUUCUUACAAAAUAAAUGCUUGAUUG